AGCUCACUAUUGAUUUUCACCACCCCGAUGUUCUGUCCGAUUUCAGUUGUAUUAUUUCUCCAAAUCGGUAAAAUAUGUCCGGAAAAACCUUUGCUUUUUAGUGUUAGAGUUUUCAGUUCGCUUUUCGCGUUUACAUUAUGUUCGUAAAUGUCGAAAUAUGAUUAGAAAAAGUGUUACUCAUUUUAUAUAUGUCAAUAUUACGUUUAAGAAAAAACUCUAUUAGGAAAAACUCGGGAAAUCGUUUCCCGUUCGACUGUUUUUAUUUUAAAAAUAAUGGAAAGUUGUUUUUUGUGGUAUUCAACCAGUAGGUUGAAUAGUAAAGAAGUAGAGAAAUUGUGACAACAAAAAAUAAAAAUAAAUUGACGCUGAAGGGUGGAAAUAUGCAGAAGGAAAAUUCAAACCCUUCCCCAGAGGUGCACCAAUAUGUGGGGCCCUAUAGAUUAGAAAAAACCUUAGGAAAAGGUCAAACUGGUCUUGUGAAAUUGGGGGUACAUUGCGUGACUGGGAAAAAAGUGGCUAUAAAGAUAAUAAACAGGGAGAAGCUUAGUGAUAGCGUUUUAAUGAAAGUUGAAAGGGAAAUUGCAAUAAUGAAGCUAAUUGAUCAUCCACACGUCCUUGGUUUGACCGACGUUUACGAAAACAAAAAAUAUCUUUACUUGGUGCUGGAGCAUGUUUCUGGUGGAGAACUUUUUGAUUAUUUAGUUAAGAAAGGAAGAUUAACGCCGAAAGAAGCGAGAAGGUUUUUCAGACAAAUAAUUUCAGCCUUGGAUUUUUGUCACAGUCAUUCAAUAUGUCAUCGAGAUCUUAAGCCAGAAAAUCUGUUAUUGGACGAAAAAAAUAACAUCAAAAUAGCCGAUUUUGGAAUGGCCUCUCUACAACCAAUGGGAUCUAUGUUAGAAACCAGUUGUGGAUCUCCUCAUUACGCAUGUCCGGAAGUUAUAAGGGGUGAAAAAUACGACGGCAGGAAAGCAGACGUAUGGUCGUGCGGUGUAAUCCUAUAUGCCCUUUUAGUUGGAGCUUUACCCUUCGACGACGAUAAUCUUCGACAACUUUUAGAAAAAGUAAAAAGGGGCGUUUUCCAUAUCCCCCAUUUCGUUCCCCCAAACUGCCAAAGUUUACUUAGAGGGAUGAUCGAAGUCAACCCAGAAAAACGAUUAACAUUGACAGAAAUCAAUAAACAUCCUUGGGUGACGGCCGGUGGUAAAGGCGAACUCGAGUUAGAGCUGCCGAUGAUGGAAGUCGUUCAAACGCACGUUCUACCGUCCAUAGACGCAGUCGAUCCCGACGUACUGCAAGCGAUCUGCAGCCUAGGCUGUUUCAAAGAAAAGGAGAAAUUAAUUCAGCAUUUGUUAAGCCCCAGUCAUAAUACGGAGAAGGUUAUUUAUUUUUUGUUAUUGGAGAGAAAGAGGAGGAGACCCGCUUGCGAAGAUGAGACUGAUUCGUUAUUGAGAGUGAGAACUGGAGAUGGACAAGACCCGCCUAAGAAGAGGAUAGAUACGUGUAGGGUUAAUGGGCAAAAUACCCUUCAGUUUGGACAGAUUAGCGAAGGGUCGCCGUUAACGCCGAGACGGACACAUUACAAAAGACAUCACGCUAGGAGAAGUCCUUCGACAGGAAGCACCCACAGUAGUCUUAGUAUACAUUCCCCGACGCGAUCACCGGGAGCAUCUAGUCCCGUGAUGUUCAAUAGUACCAUAACUCCAACUAACACGCAUUCUGGUAUGUCUUCGCCGGUUAGUCAACGCUCAACCACUCCCCAUCACACCCAUCGGAGCUCCACUCACGUUUCCUCAAACACCCACGUGACGGUUACACCCCCUCCGGCUACUCCGACCCAUCAUCGAGCGAAUAGCAGCGGAGGGGCUUCGGUCAUUUCGGGAAUGUCGCUGACGUCACCGGAAAGCGAUACGACUAACCUGGUGACGGGUCAGUAUGCAACCGAAACGAGUCAUUCGGUUUCAUAUAAGGAUUUUGUUAAAGGUCCCUCUAUUUUAACCCCAAUGACACCUCCGGGGUCUCCGCAUUCUAGUACUACGACCCACCAUUGGCGAUCGAGACUCACUACUAUUAAAAAUAGCUUCUUGGGAUCGCCCAGGUUCCAUAGGAGAAAUAAAUUGCAAGCCGCUUCCGAGGAGGUUCAUUUGACUCCGGAAUCGUCUCCGGAGUUAACGAAAAAAAGUUGGUUCGGUAGUCUGAUGACGACCGAAAAGGACGAAACUUUCACGAUAUUAGUUAAGGGGAAACCGCUAGCUACCGUUAAGGCCGAUUUAAUUCACGCUUUUUUAUCGAUAGCGGAAUUGAGUCAUUCGGUGUCGAGUCCUAUGUCAUUUAGAGUAGAAUAUAAACGAGGUACCACCGGACCGGCGAUGUUCCAAAGACACGUUAGAUUUCAAGUAGACAUAUCGCCGAUAAUCAAACAAUCAAGAGAUAACACCAAAGAACAUAUUUUUGCCAUUACUUUCACUCUACUUUCAGGUAAUAUUCGAAGGUUUAGGAGGGUUUGCGAGCACAUCCAAGCGCAGGUGUGUACGAGACGACCUCCUCCGAGUCCGAGAGCCCAGAGGAAGUUUACGACCGAGUUGAGCGAAAGUUCUAGUUGCGGAUCGGAUUCCAGUGAACUAUUUCUUAAUACUAGACAGUUAAACGUAUUACAACUAGAAAAUAGCGAUUUGGAAAGCGAAUGCAGCGUGUUCGACGUCCGUACCGCCGCUAGGGAAGUUUCUCGACGAGCUUCUACCAACAACAAUACGGAAACAUGUGAACAAAAUAAUCCCGGUACUCCGAAAGCCGUUCGAUCGAAUUCCGAAAAUACGGAAACAUGCGAAAAAAAAUGUAUUACAACAAUGUCUGGUAGCUCUAUUGCGUAAUAUUUUUUUUAUGUAGCCUAAUUUUAUUAUUAUUGAUGAUGUUUGAAAGUUAAUGGGAAACGGUUUUUGAAAUUUUUUAUAAUCGUGUUUACUUGUUGGCGAGUCACUGUCUAUAUCAAUAAAAUAAUCAUGAAAUUCGUGUCACGUUAUAGAGACCACCCUGUAUACAUUAAACUCUAAAAAAUCAUUUUUUCCACAUCUUAAACUCAAUUUUUUUUAAAUAUUUCGUUGCAAAUUAGCCUGAAUGCGGAUCUGUCCUCAAGUUGAAUGGUGUUUACUUGUUGGCAAGUUACUAUCUAUAUCAAAAAAGGAAUCAUGAAAUCGUGUCACGUAAAUUACAGACCACCUUGUAUACAUUAAACUCUAAAAAAUAUUUUUUCCCACGUCUUAAGCUCAAAUUUUAAAAAAAAAAUAUUUCGCUGCAAAUUAGCCUGAAUGCGGAUAUGUCAUCAAGAUAAAUGGUGUUUACUUGUUGACGAAUCACUGUCUAUAUCAAAAAAAUAAUCAUGAAAUUCGUGUUACGUAAAUUAAACUCUAACAAAUAAUUUUUCCCCACAUUUUCAACUCAAACAAUUAUUAAAAAAUAUUUCAUUGCAAAUUAUCCUAAAUGCGGACCUGCCCUAUAUGGAGCUACUCUCUCGCUCAUUAGAUCGAUUUUAAAAUUUAUUAAUAAACUUUUUGCACGUUUGUGAAAUUUAAACGAACGUAUUUAGAAAAAAAUAUACGGAGUGUAAAAAAUUUGAAAAACCGUCUCACUAAUAAAAUAAUACUCCCUGUUGUUAUCCAUGUUGGUUGUGGGAAAGAUGUACAGUGACGUAAGACAUGAAGUAAUAAUAGUACUGAUACAAAUAACUCAUUUAAAUAUAAUUAAUUAAUCAUUUUCAAUUACCGUAAAAAUUUUUCGUAUUUUGAUUAGCACGUGAUCGCGUCAUAAUAAAGGGAAUUCAUUCGGACGAGUCCAUUGUGAGGGGUUUAGGGGUUUCUGGAUUCAUUGUUUUAAAUCAGUGACGGAUGAUGGCAACGUUGCCAGUUCAAUUUUUUUUAAAAAUAGUUAUGAAAUUUCUUACGUAACUUUUUAUGUUUGAAUGUUAUGUAUAGUGGUAUCUGCACUGGUUGAAAUGUGUUAUAAGCAAAAUGCUUUCGUUAAUUGUGAUUUUAAUAAACAAUAAUUGUGUCAACCUUUAAAAUUUUUGAUUCAUUCCUUUUAUUACAGGGUAAUUCUUCGAUCAUUCUUUUAUUUACAAAAAUACAGAGUGUUGAAUCAAACAAAUAUAUCUAAAAGAUCGUAAAAUAUUCAAAGUAGGAUAAAAAAGUCCCCGAUAGUAGCUUUAGUGAAAUACGUAAUAAUAUAUAGGGCGUUUUAUAUAAAAUAACCAAAUCAACAUAACCAGAAAUGGUAAUAUAUUUAAUAAAUUUUUGAAGAAUCACCCUGUAGUUGUAACAGCACGUUUUUUUGACUGAAACUGAGUGUAAUAUUGAAAACUAAUUUUGAUCAUAGUAAAGAAAAUUGAUUCAAAAAUAAAAAUUAAAUAUAAAAGAAAUUUCACAUUUACCAUAUACAGGGUGUACCAAUCUUACGACAAACCUCGCCAUGUCGAUUAUUUUAAGAGAUAUGAAAAGAGAUAUAAAUAAAAAUAGUUCUCUUCAAAGUCCAUUUUGUGAUUAACCCUAAAUAUACCCCUGUAUAUAAUAGCGAAUUCGGUUUUUUAAACCUUUCGAUAUAAAUUUGCUGUAGUCAUCGAAUGUUUCUUAAUAAUACCAUUUUUUGCGUGACACUAAAAGAAAUCUGAAUACCCAAAGGAUGAAUUGAAAAAAAUACAUCUUGGCAACAGUGUAAAAUAUUUUUAACUGUUUGAUGUGAAAGUUGUUGCAAUAAGUGAGGUUAGGUUUGCAAUAUUAACAUCGGAAAUUAUUGCUCGCGAAUCAGAUAGAAUUACGUUCUAAAACGUUGGUAGUUGUGUGACAUCGGUCGGUGUUGUCAUAUUUAUUAAUAAUCAAAAAAUUGUUUCAGAAAUUCUUUUUACUAUAAUUCUCAUUUGCACUUGUGUAAUUAUUUAUUAUUCUGUUAAAACAUGAUUAGGAACAACUUCCAUAUAUGAAGUUUCAAAUAAAAAGUAAAGAAUGAAUUAUAAAACUAAAUUAAAAAAAAAAAGAUUGUGUAAUAUCUUUUCGAAUGUCAACAUUAUUAUUAAUAUUCAUUUUCUACAAUUUUUAUUGAAAAUUGAAAAUUUGUUUGAAUUAUCGAUACUGUAACUUAUCUACUUAACAUUUUUCUACGACAUUCCGUCAUAAUUGUUUUUCUAAUUUUACUGCGAAAUUUUUCAAGAUCGAACGUAUCAAAACUCGUAAAUUGUGGAUAUUGUGAGAAAAAAAAAAUCGUUAUGCUUUUGUAUAUAUAAGCCAAAUAAAAAAAGCUUAUGUGAUUUUCAAUAUUGUCUUCAAUGUAAAAUAUAGUAAAUUGUUAAAUAACCAUUUUCUAGAACGUCUAUUUAUAUUGAAAUCGAUAUUUUAAUACGAAAUUCCAAGACAAUCACUGAACUACGAAAAUAUCCCCUCAUAUUAAAAUAUAAAUUGUUUAAUUUUACUAAAUCCUGACUCCUGACCUGUAUCAUGAAAAACACGAUAUUUUCUUAUUUAGAGAUUAUGCACUAAAUCACCAUUUUUCACUUCUUUAAUACACACUUACUUAAAACUGAAUAUUCUUAAAAGUAUAAAAUAUCAGGAUCUGAGCAUUUUAAAAUAAAAUAAGUCUGUUAUAUAUAACACGAGUUAGCUUUCCUAAUACCAAAAUUUCGAUGGAUAGAUCGAUAAUCAACAACCUCCUCCUCAACAGCACUCAACUUCAACUGACAUAUAAUCAAUUAGAAUCGAUUCUGAUCAGUUGGUAAUCAAUUUAGUAUCGCUGUAACGCGCAUGAUUGAUUAUGAACCCAUUGCAAAUAAUUAUUUACCACGAUGGUAAUCAGUGAUCAUCUAAAUUAAUAUGAUCCGCGAAUACGAAAAUGUUACUAAAAAUAAGGAACUGAAUGCGAUUGGUCACUAGAUUGAUUCGGAAUCAAACCCACGAACAAAGCUAUCAUUGAUUUUCUAGUGCAUAGAUGGCGGCACUGGUAUACUACAUAUAUACGAAAUAAUAUUAAGUCGACUAAUUCGGAUAAGAUUUCACUUUCGAUGUCAAUAUAAAUUAUCCUGUAUAAUAAUCUCACUCAUUACAUGGUUAUAUUAUUUUCAAAUAACUGAUUUUGACAGUCCGCCAUUUUGCUUGGGUUCAUAAAUUUGAGAUAUGUUGAUUCUGUUGAUAUUCAAUGUUUUUACUGAGAAUUAUUAGUAUUCCAAAUAAACUAGGAAAUAUUUGUAUUUUUUUGCAUUUAGUAUAACACAUUUAGUUUAAAAGUAAUUUGAAAGACGUCUCUGUUUUGUUUACACUGUUGAGUUUGUGGAUUUGGUAUGAAGUGUUUUUAGUGAAAAAAUAACCUUACGAAUAUUGUGAAUCUGUAUGAUUACUACACAAAAGGUAAGAUUAUUUAUUUUUUGUUAUUCAAAACAAACUCUGUUUAUCAGACUUUUUGCGCUAUAUAUUUUUAAUUUUAUAGAAAUUAAUAGCUAGUUACCAUUAAGACAAUUUGGAAUAGCAGCUGUACGUGAUCUUAAGAGAAUAUGCACGCUGAUAAAUGACUUUGAAAUAAUAAUAAAGGUGAAAAGGAAAGUUGAACCUAUUUUAUGAUAAAAUUCAAUGUAUUGUUAUAAAAAUGUUCUAGAGAGUGGUUUUUAUUGCCUCAUAAUACUAAUACAAAAUAAGUCAUUAUUAAAGAAUCUCAAAAUAUCGAAAAUAUUUUUAAGAAAAUUUGUUUUAUCGAUUUUAUUAUAAUAGCAACUAUAUCACAAAAAAUAUUUUCGAUAAUAAAUACGGGAUACUAUUUAAGAAUCAUCAUGUAAAUAUAUACCAUACGCAUUUUCAAAAAUUUUAAAAACAAACAAUGUACAGUUAAGAAUUUCUUUUUAAAUUAUUCCAAUUUUAGAAAAUAUGCUAAUGGAAUCGAGGUUAUAUUUGGUUCAUUCUAGUUCGGGACGACACGCUAUCGAGUUUGUUUAAAUUCGUGGAAUGACUACACUCAGUUUUCAUAAGCACUGUUGCCAGAAUUAAAAUAAUUUCUUUAUUAUAAACAAUUUUUAACCAAAUUUUUUUAUUCUAGAAAAAAUAAGGCAAAAUUGAUUAUUUUAUGAAAAUUGAUUAUUCAGUUCUAUAAUUUAAGGUACGAAACACUAUAAAGUUUUUUUUAUUAGUAUAUUUUGUUUUACCCAAUCCACUCGUAACUAUCUAAAGGAUAUGACGAUUUCUAUCGCUUCUGAAAAGAAAACCGUUAAAUAAGUUUGAAUUGAAUGAAUCUUUCAUAAUUUUCAUUUUUAUUAAAAAAUUUCGUUCAUGCUCUUAAAAUAUCUUAACCGUUCUACUUGUAACUAUCCAAAUGAUAUGAUAUUUUUUUUAGUUUCUGAAAGGAUAUUCCUUAAAUAAAUUUGGCAACACUGUUUUUAUAUUCGUUCUUCUGAAAAAAUUGAUGUUGAAUACAGAUAUCUGUCAUCUACGGAUUAGUACAAUGAUUAAUUUACACCCUUCUUUCUUAGUUAAAGUAGAUAUUCUCUUGUAUGAAUCUUUGAUUGAAUCAUUUUUUGAUAAGUCUCUUGUCUAAUAAAUGCAUCAAUAUUUAAAAAUGCUUUGAACUUCAUUAUUAAUUGUAUUCAUAAUAAAGUGUAGGCAUCCAAAUAUACAUAUAAACAUUUUCAGUUACAUAACCAAUAAUAUUAUAGGUUAAAGCUAAUAAAAAGUAACGUCAACAUCUCGAAAUAUCCGCAUAUAUAUGAGAGGAAAUGUGUUUUAGCUGUACAAUGUUUGUUAUUGAGCUUAUUUUGAAUAAAAUAUAUGAAAACUUCCAUAUAAGGUUUUAAUAAUAAUUUAAAUAUAAACAAUAUAUUAGAAAUUGCCGGCCAUAUAUAAAUUUUGUCAAAUAUAUAGAUAUAAAUAUUAUUAGUACUACUGUUUUUAGUAAAAUUUAUUUUUUUUUGCCUACAAAAAAGUGUUUUUCUAACAUACAAAAACAUUUUUUUGUAAAAUUAAAACGAUAUAGACAAUUUCUUGUCAACAUAUCAAAAUUAAUUAGGCUCAAAUAUAAAUUUUAAAGAUUAAAGUUUCAAAUGUAAAAUUUAAUCCUUAUGAAAAUUCUUCAUAAGACCCUGUUUCCUAUGCAGACCAUAAGUAUGUAUUCGGAUUAAAUUUGCGUGUUAAACGUCAAUCAACAAUCCAUAAGCAAGGAAAGAAAAGACCAGCGUUGCCAGCUUGUGUGAUUUUACUAUAAGUUUUAAGACAAUGGUUGUAAAACGGUUUUGCGAGAAAAACUAUUUAAGAGUAUUUUCUAUGGGAAAAAUUCAUUGGAUUGUUUUUUUUUUGCUUUAACAAGCUCAAAAAACAAAUAUAUUCUAAAUUGCGUAAAAUCGCCCUCUAUCAGUCAAGCAUUAAAAUAUUUUUCUUUACAAUAUUUACAAAUGGAAUUCAUAAAUUUUUUACUAAGUUUGGCAACACUGUACUUACGUUCGCUCCAGUUAUUUAUUCUGAAUACCGAUAUCUACAGAUUGGUAAAAUAAUUUAUCACUUUUGAUUCAAUUUUAGACACUACCUUUUAAUGGCGAUAUCUCGAAAAUGGGUGGGCUGAGGAAAUUUUGUUAUAGGAAUGUAUAUAUCCUGUAUAUUGUUAGGAACGGAACGAUAUAAGCACUUGGCAACGCUGUGAUAUUCGCUGUGCUUAAAAUACGUGAAGUUAGCUGGGAAUGCGAAUACACUGCGUUGCCGUUAGUUAUAAUAAAAAUGAUAUUUUCGGAAAUGACGUGUAUUGAAAAGGAAAAAAUGAUAUUGAAACUUUCGAUUCAAAAACCUAAUUGAGCGUAUCUAUAUUAAAUCAUUUUAAAUUUAAAAAAUAAUAAAUAUACAAAAUUUUAUUUUAAAAACUAUUAGUGUUAUUUUUUUUAUUAUUUUAAUUCAAUUAAGGUUGGAACAGUUAAUGUAGCAAUUAUGGUUCGCUUUUUAAAUUUAACCUUAACAUAUUUAAAAAAUCAAACUUAAAACCGAAUUUUCUUCUCAAAAUUUUAUGGAAAGAAAAUUUGGUUUUUCUAACGAGUGAAAGUGUACUUUUGUAUAUAAAAAAAUGGAUUUUUCUCGUGUAAAUGAGAUAUUUAUUAGCAUCAAAUUAAUACGUUAUUUGUUUAAGUUAUUUAUUAUUAUUUGUUCCAGCUCACGGGCAUAUGUUACUGUGAAGUUAUUUUAUAUAAAUUGAACAUAGUUUAUGUGUA